CCCCCAUCUCCUCCCGUAUCACGGUCAUAUCACCAAGUGAGCUGCCAUUUGCUUCUUCCAACCAGCCUAUAUCGCUUCUCUGCCCUCUGAUCUGGUUGCUCUCGCGCCCUCUCCUCAAACCUUUCCUGUACCUUUGAUCCCUUAGGCGACGAAGCCCCAAUACAUCCCUUGGUCAGGGCCCCUUUCAGCGCUACCAAUGCCAGAGAUGUCUACUUCGCUCGAGAGAAAGCCCGUCAAGUUCAGCAACUUGCUGCUUGGCGCUGGCCUUAACCUGUUUGAGGUCACGACUUUGGGUCAGCCGCUGGAAGUGAUCAAGACAACCAUGGCCGCAAACCGAAGUGACACCUUCGCUGGCGCUAUGGGUCGGAUUUGGGGUCGUGGCGGGAUCCUCGGUUACUAUCAAGGUCUCAUUCCAUGGGCCUGGAUUGAGGCCUCCACCAAAGGCGCUGUCCUCCUGUUCGUCGCGUCUGAGGCGGAGUUUCGGGCGAAGAGUCUCGGUGCCAACGACUUCUUCUCUGGUAUCCUCGGAGGUAUGACCGGUGGUGUGGCUCAGGCCUACGCUACGAUGGGUUUCUGUACCUGCAUGAAGACAGUGGAAAUCACGCAGCACAAGAUGGCCGCACAGGGUGUCAAGCCUCAGAGCACGUUUGCAACCUUCAUGGACAUCUAUCGUCGUGAGGGUAUCCGCGGUAUCAACAGGGGUGUCAAUGCCGUUGCAAUUCGUCAGACGACCAACUGGGGUUCCCGUUUCGGCUUGUCUCGCCUGGCUGAAGUUGCCAUCCGCAGGGUUAUGGACAAGGAAGACGGCCAGAAGCUGAACGCCCUGGAAAAGAUCUGCGCAUCUACUCUGGGUGGCGGUCUUUCUGCCUGGAAUCAGCCUAUUGAAGUCAUCCGUGUCGAGAUGCAGAGCAAGACCGAGGACCCCAACCGCCCCAAGAACUUGACCGUCGGCAAGACUUUCAAGUACAUUUACCAGAACAACGGUAUCAAGGGCCUUUACCGUGGUGUAGCUCCCCGCAUUGGCCUUGGAAUCUGGCAGACUGUCUGCAUGGUGGCUCUUGGUGACAUGGCCAAGGAAGCAGUCGAAAAACUGACCGGCGAAAAGGUCACCGCUAAGCACUAGAGAAGGGAUGAGAUACCCUUCUGCCAUGCACACUACUCUAUGAUGACCGGGGGUGGCCGAGGUCAGAACCUUUGUGGUCUUUAAUUUUCGUUUCAGCUAGGUGUCUGGACAUUAAUAAUCAAGUUCCUCACGCAUAAUUUUCUAUAUAAUAUGUUAUGAUGAUAGAGAAAAAGAAAUUAAUAGCUUAAGGGAAC